AUGUUUCGCGCGGAAUUAACAAAACUACUCUCCGAAGAGCUCGGACUUGAGUAUGAAGUAUUGCGUGAUUCUGCCAAUGAAGGGUCGGUCGGUUUACCUAGUAAACCUGAUCUACAUGCCGAAAUAGAGAGCGCCUUAAAAUUCAGAACAAACUAUGAUUUGGACCUUCAGUACCUGGUUUUGCUAUUCACAGUUAUCAGCACAAAAGUGCAUGCACCAAGCUGUCCGGACAAACAUAAUUGUUAUAGAAACUAUUGCACACAAUAUGAAGAUGGCUCCUAUAGUUGUCGGCAAGGCUGCAACCGCGGUUAUUGGGGGAUGAUUGCAGUUCUGUUCUUUGUUCAGAAGGUUGCAUUGAUGUGUGUGACAAAACUGAUAGAACAUGUUUAUGUAAACCACACUUUACCGGCAAAACAUGUGAGACCUGUGAACGCGGAAAGUAUGGAAGCCAAUGUGACACAAAUUGUUCCAGAGGAUGUUUAGGUCCAUGUAAUAUGUAUACUGGCGAUUGUAAAUGUAAGCCAUAUUUUUCCGGCCAUUUAUGUGAUUACUGUGAAAAUGGCAUGUACGGUACAGAAUGCAAUCAACUUUGUAGAAAAAACUUCGAAAGGUGUGAUACUGAAUCCAGUUGCAUGUAUUGCAAACCUGGGUACCAUGGGAAUAGUUGCCAGUAUGAUUGCCCAAGUACGUGUUAUUCCUGUAUUUCUUCCGUUGAGUGUUCAUCAUGUAAGCCCGGGUAUUAUGGUCCUGACUGCAAAUUAAGUUGU